AUGCCACUGGCAGAACCGACGGAUCUAAUAAUAAUAUCACCGAAGAAGAAGACGAUAUUUUCUGAUAUUAGCAAUAUGGUCACUUCGCCGGACUGUCCGAAUAACUCGAUUACUAAACCAGAAGGGAAAGACCACGGAAAUAAGUGGAGCUGUCGUCACAACCCAAACAUUUUUCGUUUUACUCAUGAGCAGGCAAUGCAGCAAGAGAAUGACAAACUAAAAGAACUACGAGAAAAAAUCGAAAAACCGGUGUUACAAGAAGUGUGCAAUCGCGUUCAUCACAGUACAUAUUCGCUUGAUGAUUUAGUAGAGUCUAUAGAGAACUACUUCGAAGAUUUCCUUAUUAAAGGUGAAAAUGUCGAAUUUUCUGUUAGCAAAGACAGGAUUGUUCAUGCCAAAAUUUUGGGCGUCGAAAAGAAAGGUGGCGCCGUCUUCUACACUCUCGAAUAUGACGACAAAGAGAUAAGUAAAAUCACUAGAAAGGAUGUGAAACGGCGGUAUGAAAUCACUGAGGAUGAUAUUCGAUCGUUGAUCUUGCUCAUGGCAUCUCAGCAACAAGGGAAACCUUGGCAGAUCGAUGAAAUUUACAAGAAAGAAUACGGCAUCAAAGAUAAACUGGCGCCUAUAUUUUGUGCGUCCUCACAUAACAAACCUUCCAAAGGAAGCCUGACUAAGACGGCUGGCGGCGGCUCGCAGCUUGUGAAUGGAAAAGAUGAUGAUUCUGAUUCGGAUACUCCUCUUUCACAGUACUUUACUAAUCAGAGAAGGAGUGGAAUUGCUUUGCCGCCGAAUGCUUCUUCGAAGGAUGUCGAGAAAGAAAGGAAGAAGCAAGAAAAGAAGGAGAAGAAGGAGAAAAAAGAAAAAGAGAAGACGGAAAAAAUAGUUGGUGAAGAAAAGCCGGGAAAGAAGCAAGUGAAGGACAAAUCCGAAAAGAAGGAAGCGAAGGAGAUUGGGGGUUUAAACAAGUUCGUUACCUCGACGCCUUCUUCGAACGGAGAUACCAAGUCUGGCGAUAGCCCUUUCCUAACCCCACAGAAAAGAAGUGAGAAGCGGUUCAAUUCGGCAAUAAAUAAGUUGCAAGCAGCGUGGCGCAAGAGAGAUGAGCAAGAGUUCUUUGCUGCUGCGUCUUGGGGCGCUAAGGUGCUCUCUGGUGUUCAAAUCGACAAGAUUCCACACGAAUGCCACCGAUUUGCAGUACGCAAAGCUCACGAUAAAGUGAAGGACGCGGAGAUAUUGAAAAAACUUCGCACUAAAGAGGCUCGAAAGGAGUUCCGUGAGAAGAUGCAUCAAGAGAGACAUCCUCACCAAAAAGUAAUGACAGCGAAGAUCAAGGCAUAUUUUAACCAGAAGGCUGCGGACGAUGAUCUGACGGUAUGCGACACACAGUUGCCGUGUCCAGGUCGUGUUGUUUCUGUUCCUACUGGCCAAGCUCUAUUGUUUACCGAUUGUUUGAUUCUCACGCAGUUUUGCUCUUCCUUGAAGAAGUUCAUUGAAGCUGAUCACAAAAUCACAGCCAGCCAGCUCCUAGAUGCAAUUCACGGCGGAAGAGUUGGCUUCAUGAAAUGUACGUCCAAAUUGUUGGGGUCAUUGUUGAAGAUUUUGCUGCAGGAUCCAGAGCAUAAAAAAUUAUCGCAUUUUGACGCACGUCUUCAUGAAUUUCCUAUCGAAGAAAAUACCGUUUCUGAACUUUGCCGAGCCUUCCUUAUUGGAAGUAUGGGUGCGGAGGAAGAGGACGGCUACAACGCUGGAGAUAACAUUGAUCCAUCAUCUCAGAAUGGCACCCAUGGUCACGGCGGCAAUGAAGAGAACGCUCCUGAAAGUGGACGAGGCACACCGUUCAACCAUGAUGUCUCGCAGAUUGAUAUUGAUGUUUGUCGGACCUUCCUCGAUCGUUUUUCCUCAGAAAAGGAGAUAUGGGAGCUAACGCCGGAAGAACAACUAGGAGUACUUCGAUUGGUUCUUGAUCGUAUCCUUGAUCUUGGGUCUUUCAAAGAGUAUAUCAGCCAAGACGGGGUCAGCGGAUCAGUGCAAAGCUUGAAAGAGAAAAUUAACAAGCUUAAUGAACAGGUCACCAGUUUACAUGAAGAACUGAGUAAGAUCCCAGAAGUGGAGGAAGUAGCUGAUCCCACCGAACUCUCCCGUACCAAAGCUCGAGAGAGGGCCGAAAUCCUAAAGAAAAGGGAGAGCUUAGAGCGGAAGAUAGAGGAGAACAAGGACAAGCUCGAGGAACUUCUUGAGAAAUUAGCCAUAGAAAAGUUGAUGAAGAGCCAGUCUAGACGCGUAUGCCCUCUUGGACAAGAUCGUCAUUUCCGUAACUACUACUGGUUCCACGGAAAUACUGCAGACGAUGGGAUCUGGAUUCAAGAUUUCGGCGUGACUUCUUUCGAGAAGUUCAUUCGUGAAUGUAUUAAAGCUGGCAAACCAUUCGACCAGGAAAUUGAAUUCGUUGCGUUGGAUGAAACCACACCAGUAGAGCAGAAGAAAUCUUCUGGUGAUGACGUUGGUUCUGUGGUUGCACGAUCGAAAUUAGACGAAGGUUGGCCCGUUUUGGAACCUGAAAGCUACACUGAGACGUGGUAUAGACUUGCGGAUGUUAAUUCCUUAGAUGAGUUAGUGAACUCCCUUACUAAAUUGGGUGUUCGUGAAAGCAAAUUAAAAUCGUCACUCAUCAAACAGAAGGAUGUGAUUGCGAACAGCAUUACGCGUGGAAACGCAAGGGAGAGCAAGUCGCCAGACCUUGUUGAUGGUGAAGGGGAGGACGAGGAUUUGUGCCCUGAGUCUCUUACUCCACUGCGAAAAUCCAUCGUUCAUUUAGCCUCUGAUCUCAGAGACAGCUACUUGACAAGCGUGGGGAGUGUGGAUGCUUUCGAAGCAGAACUCAUAUGCUGUCGAGGUCUUGACGAUGUUAAAGGGAAAAUGGCAGAGCUGGCUGACAGUAUUCCUCCAUCGGCGAUAGUAAAACGCCUUGACAUGAAGGUUGCUCAACAAACAGGUCACUAUUCCCACUUGAUCCUUGACCGAUGGAAAAGUCGACUGAUGGAAUGUCACAAUCCCUCAGCUGUACACUUGCUACGAAGUUAUCUAGAUUCAAGAAUUAACUGGAAAAAGAGUGUGGUGGAGAAGCGGUGCAAUGCGUGUGGAAGUCGAAGAAGUCCAGAGGCGAAAAUAGCUUGUGGCAACUGUGAGAUGGUCGUGCAUUACUACUGUACUCGUCCAAAAUUACAAGAAAAACCGACUUUCUGGUUGUGCCCCUCAUGCGUACUCCAAGAAGUUAGAAAGAAAAAGGAAGAUACAGUUAACCAACGCGUUUCCACAAAACCAAACUACAAAGAGGAUUCCGUUGCGAGUGGUGAUGAAUUUGCUGACGAUGAAAGUGACGUAUCGGGUAGUGAUGAUAAUGACGACGAUUUCUUCUCGAAAAAGCCUCGUCGAACCCAAAAAAGAAAGGGGUUCAGCAUAUUUGAUGAUGAAGUAGAAGAGAAGAUCUCCCAAUCAAAACGACCGAAAGUGAACAAGGUCUACGAGGAAUGCUUGGAGCUUCUUGAGCGAGUGAAGACUUCAAAUCGUCUGUACCGUACCUUACAAGGUAUUCCGGCUGGUCGCGCAACCCGAAGAGCAACACCGUCAUCUCUUGACAGCCUUGAGGAAGCUAUUUCCCAGUAUGCGUCGGUGACUACAUUUGCUGCUGAUCUGGACUCGUUUUUGAAAUACGCUCAUUCUUACUUAGAGGAACAUAAUGAGCGAAAGCUGGAGGAUCUCGAUAACUUGCUUCUCGAGCUGGACCUUCAUUCCAUAAUUAAAUUACGUUAA